UUACACUAGACAACAUUCUUGUCCUAACCUAAUCCUGAGCAUAAUCAACAGGGUGAUUUUGAUCUUGAUCACCCCUAAUGUACACCACCAUAUAUUAGAUGUCCAUCCAGAAGCCAUUAUAGGGUGUAAAGAAAAGCAAUUACAUGUUUCUUAAGAAUGAAGGCAACUAACUAACUAGUUAAAAUGGUGGUUAUAUAUUUCAUCAUUGGCAGGCAGUUAGAGUCUUGACUUUCAGAAAUUCCCGCACAUCCAUCACAUGCAUUGAAGAAGAAGAAGAAGAAGAAUGUUGAUCAAGGCAAUUAAUGGUAAAGGUAAACCAUCUCGGACUCAAAGGGAAAUGAGAGACUAUCGAUCUCUCUUGAUGAGCACUCCAAGGUGUGAUAGCCAUAGCCGUAGAGGUAGAGCCACUGAGCACAGUCUUGUCGUAAUUCAAUGUAAAGCAUUUAUGUAAGGUUCCAAGGCCAUACUGUUUGCAUGGCCCAAGCUAGCAACCUGCCUCGCUACCUCUCUUAUUUUUUUCAACAAAAACGACUGCACGCCCUUUUGGUUUUUACUGAAAUAUCGAUUGCCACCUACACCUAGCAACCAUGGCCGGUACCCGACCGUCUCCGACCCAGUUAACGCAGGAAAUUUUUACUUUGAUUGAGUAUGGGGUGUGUAUGGGUAAAACUCGCAAAAAGGUUGAUGGGUAUGGGCGGGUAUGGUUUUGGACUCUCCCGCCACAUACUCAUACUCAAACCCGCCCCACCAAAGAUAUUAUGUUAUAUAGAUAAAAUAUAAGGAGUUUAUUGUAACUUGUCAAUGGAAUGAAAGGUAAUUAAAAGAAAUAACAAAGUGUUAAAAUGUAACUGAUGGCAACCAAACCAGAAUUUCAUCCUCUUAUGUAUGAGUUCCAUAAUUUUGGGUUGGUAGUAUCCAUAUUUGUCACCAUGUUCUUUUAUUAACGGUGAGUAGUUUAUUGGGUGGGUAUUAACCAUGGGUAUCCGAAAACCGCGGAUAUGAGGAUGAGUUUGUAAAACCUUCCACCGCAUGGGUAUGAGACGGGUAUGAAUUUGGGUAUUUGAAAACGGGGAUGGGGUUGGUUUAGAGGGUUAAUUGCACAGGUUGUCACUUAAGUUCUAUACUGGUUGCAUGUUGACCAUUGGAGUAAUAUUUGUUGCAACUAAACCACUUAACUCUAACUUUUGUUGCAACGUUAUCUUUUCCGUCCCAAAACUUAACGACGGGUAUGAAAACGUAAUUAUUCAUGCCACGUGGGCAAUCCAACUAAGUUGAGUUGUCGUUGUGUUAUCAUUCGCCAGUGCGCACCAUCCAACGACGAUCCCUUCAAAAUUUUACACUAUUCAUUUAGCAAGAAGUCAAGAACUUGGAGGUAAAGCAUGGGAGUGUUUGCCGAAAAUUCAAGCUCGGGCCCAAAUUUGGAAGAGAAUCAUGUAAUUAGCGAAUGUAUUUGGAUGAGGAGGAGUGGAGGACGAUGUCUUUUACACGGUGAAUGAAUCCUCUACUUUAAGCUUGAGGCGGUAUUGCUUCCUAUUUGGGACAAACUUGAAGAAAUUGCAGACGAAGAUAGUGAGCAAGAGGAAGAGAAUGAAGAAGAGCAAUUACAAAAGAAAGCAUUGAAUAACAGAGGCCUUUGUCAUUUUCAUGGCUGAAUUGGAGAGCUGUCGGCGCUAGAUUUAGUAUUUGUGAAUGAAUCUAGUUCAAGAGAAAUGGAUAGACUGUUUUGUUGGACGCUUCAACUCUGGCCCCUGAAAAUAACACAAAGGCAAAGCCUCAAGCCGGUCAGUCUCUGUUUUCUAUGAGAUAAAAACAGAGUGAAUUUUUUUUAUAGUUUCUUUUGUCUUGGCUGGGUGGAUUGAGAGCAAUUGAAUGGAUUUCGACUUGUAUCACAGUUGGAUGUAAGCAUUGGUAGGAUCUCUAGAGGAUUGGUUCUUUUGAUUUGGGGCCGCUGGCUUCUCCCAACACCUCUGCUGUUGUCCUGUUUUUCUCUCUGGCUUCUGUAUUUUGUUGUGUUUAAUUAAUACUAAUAAGAUCACCAUGAAAAAAUAACAGAAUGAAGCAAAGCGAACUAAGCACUGAAAUUGUAAAUAAGACGAGAUGUUUUGUUAACCCAAAGCUUAAUCACUAAUGCCCUCCAUUUGUGAGUUGUCCAAGUAAAAGAUUGGUUGAUAAUAUAUUUGUCUUCAUUAUUUGAGGUCUUCCACCUAAUAGUAAUAAUUUAGCUCCUUUGAUCCAGCAAUUACAACGGUGCUAAGGACAACAUAUUGGCUUAAACAAAAGUAUAUUUGCUUACCAUGUUACCAUCAUUAUACGUUUAUAUGCUAAUAUGUGGUAUAUGCAGAGUGUGCCAGUGUGGUAUUGUCGAAGAGAGCCAACGGUGGUGGUGGGUUACGGUGAGGGAAUUUCCCAACAAUUCAGACUGAUUAGGAUUGUCUACGUGUCAUGAAUAAUUACAAUUUCAUACCCAUUGUUAAAUUUUGGACGGAGAAAAUAACUAUGAAAAAAAAAAUAGAGUUAGGUGGUUUAAUUGCAACAAAUAUUACUUCCAUGGUCAACGUGCAACAAGUCUAUAACUUAAGUGACAUCCUGUGCAAUUAACCCUUGGUUUAGACAAACCCGUCCCAAAACCCGCCACAUUGUUAUCCCUAGUUACAUAUUAUAAGAAAUCAGGUUUAGAAUAUUGAUUCAAUUAUUUAAAAGAUUAGAUAUAGCAAGAGAAAGAGCAACCCAAUAAGUUCUGACAUUAUGCCUUCGAAGAAUUUCUUGAGCUUUGAUAAUAGGGCAAGAGUUGAGGAUCGAAGACAAUGCUCGAACUAUAACCUAAUAUUCCGAUUGGACAACACAUUAGUCUUUUCAAUAACGACGUCGCUUCUACUUCAAUGCCCCGUUGUUGAUGAUAUAUAUCGCACAUUUGGGUCGGUUUGGCAUUUCUCUACACGCAUACACUAAUACAAGUAAUUUCCCUAUACAUACCCUAAUGUUAGGAUAGCGUCUUGAAGUGAGAUUAGGGUGGUUCCACUCUGUUUUAGUAAAGGUGGUUAAGCUAGAGCCCUUUAAUUUUCACCUAAACAUGAAUUAAUCCAUGGCAUGCUUCACUCCAAUGAUGUAACCCGAUGCCUACGCAUAUAAACCCAAACCUGAAAAUGUAAAUUUACGUGCCCUAAUUGAUGACUGUCUAUAAUCUAUAUAUAUACGGUUUGCCUAUCAAAUCGACUAAUCCAGCUCAACUACUGCUGAUAAAUGAUACUUAAAUAAUCCAGUGCACAGAUGACCAACUACUGAUUGGAUUAAGUUAUAUUUUGUGACACGAAUUGGGAGCUAACUAUACAUGUAUUUGUUAUAUAGAGGCAGUCCAAUCAUUUUAGCACAAGCUUGCAACACCACCCACCAGAAGAGAGUUCCAGACAGUGUACAACACCAUCAUCAUGUUUUCUUCCAUUAAUUGAGAGGGUGGUGAUUAGUGAUCCAUCCCAAUCAAAACCAUUAACUCCCUCUUAAAAAAUGUUUAAGAAAGAUUAACUCAAAAUGGUCCACUCACUAUUAAUUAAUAUUGUUAAAGUUUAAUGAAGGUAUAUUCUAUGCAUCCGCACUCCUCACAAACAAAAAAAAGAGAGAGAUAUUGUUGGUUUUGAAAAAGAGAAUCUACAAACUAAAGUUGUUCAUUGUUUCUGGCGCCUAACACGUCAUUUUCUGGGGAGGGUUAAAUAUUGUAAUGUGGUUAGUUUGAAUGCUGCUGUGUAUGUGGAAGGGUGACGAUGCAACUUGGGUGAGUUAGCUGGGCUGGGCUGGGCUGGGUUGGUUGCAGAGAGUUGUGGAUAGGAGCUUUGGUUAAGAAGUGGACAGAUUGUGCCUCGAGGGUCGAUCCCAUUGACCUACACUGUCUUUUUUUGUGUGCACAUGAAAUCUCAACUUUUGGUUGCUAGCUGGGAAUUCCAUUAGUUUUGCAUAUGGCACCAGGACCACGACAUUGACCUUCCUCGGCUCUAAUAUUUCAAUUUCUGCCUUUUUCUUUUUCACUCUUCUCCUUUCUAGUAUGGACCCAACCCAACUGCGGGUGGAUGAAUUUGAAUGGGAUGAUAACAGGGUUGUAUGUUUAGGCUGAAUUCUUAGAUUGGUUUCUAUGAUUAUAUUAGGUUAGGUUGGAUUUGGAUGUUCAUGUUAUUUGUGUUACUUUGUCUUAUCAGGUGGUUGGAAUCUAUUAGGGUGAUUCAAUAGUGUUAAUCUAAGCACAGACCCUCUGUCAACACAUAUACUCAUCGGAUAUUGGAUAUACGUGCAAUACUCACUGACCAAUGAUAACGUAUAUUUCACUAAUCAAACUUGCGAGAAAUUACAGAGAAAAAUAUGAUACGAUAAGACACUUAACUUGUCAACGUCAAAACAUCUAUCAAAGUGUAAACUUGGACCAGCAACGGAGGAUGGGUUCCUCUCCCAGUUGAUAGUAGUUGGUAGCAUAUAAGGGAUCACUUAAUAAAAUCUAAAAAGCUAUCUUUCAUGUUACUCUCAGGCAAUGCACAAUUACACACGAUAAGAAUCAAGAUGUUAUUCACGGACUAAAUACAAUAUGAUAGCCGGGAUUUAAAAAAAAACACACACACAUAUGAAGAUUGAUUCCAUCCUAUAUCCUCACAAGUCACAACUCAUCACAGGGAAGAUAUAUACUACAGCCCAAGUAUGAGGAUUCACAAGACAACUCAAAUCAAAAUUAGAAAAUGGAGUUACCCCAAUGAUAUUAUAUGCCAUUUUGCGACCGUUUAAAAAGGAAAUAAACCUCUUAAUUACUUGCUUAAUUAUCAUUGCAGCAAAAAUAAGCAAAGAGUAAAGGAAAAAACAGAGUCUGGAAACAUACUACCCCAUAUCCCAAAAGAGUUUCAACUCUCAAAUGAGCUUACUUGUCCAGCUGAAAGCAAAACAGUAAAUAAAAAGAAACGAACAGAUCAAACAGUAAAUAAAAAUAAUCCUGGAGUGCAGCUGUGAACCCACAUCUCACAUGGUCAGUACUCAGUACCCCGCCCGAAGACAGGCAAAACAGCCAGAAAGCUUUAUAACUUCACGGCAAAACCCAACGCUCCCUCUGCCUGCAGUCUGCGCCCAAGAUCUACCGCCAUAAUUACAAGACGACGACGAACGAACCAAUAUCUCUCUCCCGCACCUCUCAACCUCAAGAAAACGAAAUGGAAGCCCCUAAUUAUUAGUUUAUCAUUACCUAAUCCAUCUACCCUAAUCGCUAAAUUAAAUUAGCCCACAAAACAGAGUCACCCUCACCCCGCUGAUUCCCAUCGGGAUUAGUUCUCUGUCAUUAUUAAAAAGAUGCAGACUUCAGACCACCCCCCGCCAUAGCUAUUACUAAGCUCUGAACCAAGGAAGAAGAAAAGGGAAAGCUUUCUUUCUAAUCCCAUCAAUGGCGCCAUCUUCUUCUUCACCUUCUCCUCUUUCUUCCUCUUCCCCUGUUUCGCCCAACCCUCCUCCCCCUCCACCUCCAUUGCUAUCGUCCUCCUACCACUUCUCCCACUUCACUCCCAUUCAGGAAUGCGAGAGAGAAGAGCAGGAGGAUGAUUACAGCGAGUCGAGGAGCCAGCCCAGAUCGACUCCCAAGCUCCACCCCACUCCGCUGCACGAGAGGAAGGAGCAGAAGAGCAAGAUUUCCGGCGGACGGAGCAGCAAGAAGCGGCAGGAUUCCGGCAGGGAGAGUUCGCGUUCUUCCGAUGACGGUUCCGUGUCCUGCAACAAGUGCCGCCCCAACGCUAGGGAGAAGAUCUUCGUGGUUCCUCUGGACAGCAGCAACAACAAUGGCGGAUUGAGCAGGCACUCGUUUCCUUCCUCGAUUCCCAGCCCCAACGGGAUUUUCAAAUCUAUUUUCUCUUCCCUUGCGAGGAAAAGCCCCAAAUCGUCCCCCGCCGACCGCGGCGUUGGCGGCGGGGAUAGUGCCUCGUCGGCGAGGGAGGAGCAGUGGAAAUUGGCCGUCGCCGAGCUCUCCCACAAACUGAUUCAGACGACGAGGAAGAGAGACGAGGCGAUCCUUGAGGCUUCCCGGCUGAAAUACUCCAUGACCGAGCUCGAGAAGAAGCUCAACAAGCUCGAAAUCUACUGCCGCAACUUGAAAUCGGGCCUCGACGAGUGCAGCAGCGGCAGCAACAACAACUCGCCUUCGCCCUACUCCUCCCUCUACAACCCCAAAACUCUCGACGACGGCGGCAACAAGCUCAUUGUCGACCAAUUUCUCCUCGCCGUCUCCGAAUCCAGAUCCUCCGUCCGGGUCCUGACCCGAGCCCUGACCCUCCAGCUCCGACAGAUGGGUGCAGGCAAGGUGUUCGACAAAUUGUCCGCCUUGCUCCACCCAUACGACGUCAAAAUCUCCCUCUCCAAAAACCCCAAGGGGGUCGUCUUCUACCUCGAGUCCCUCCUCAACCGAGCCUUCUUCGAAGACUUCGAGACCAUAGCCUUCCAGAAAAGCUCCAACCUCCAGAUCCUGAACCCAAUCGACAGAUGCGAAGCAAAUUACUCCCUCUUCGAGACCCUGAAAGAGCUGACGUGGGAGGAAGUCCUGAGCAAAGGGACGCGCCAUUUCAGCGAGGAGUUCAGCAGGUUCUGCGACAGGAAGAUGAACGAGAUCGUGGCGAUGCUGGGCUGGAACCGAGCCUGGCCGGAGCCAUUGCUCCAGGCUUUCUUCGGAGCUUCAAAAGCCGUCUGGUUAGUUCACCUGCUGGCCAACUCGGUCCACCCAGGGCUGCCAGUGUUUCGGGUGGACCGAGGAGUGGGAUUCGAGUCGGUUUACAUGGAGGAUAUGGGUGGAGAUCGAGCCAGGAAGCUGGUCCCAGCCACGGUUCGAAUCAUGGUCGCACCCGGGUUCUAUGUCUAUGGGAACGUCGUCAAGUGCAAGGUUCUGUGCAGGUACCAUAACUAUGGUAGCAGUAGUAGUACUAGUAGUGUGAUUACGUGCAAUCCAACUCCGUGAUUUCGAUUGGGUGUUUUCGCUUUGUGGUGAUGAAUCCGUAUCGGAUCUGGAUUAUGAUUUGCUUCAUUUUGUGAUACUGUUUUCCGGUUUUACAUGGAGAAUUGAAUUGAAUUGAAUAUAUUAGCUUGUUGUUCUGAGUGCAGCCAUUGUACGUUUCCAAUGUGAUGGGUAUAAUGUCUCGAAACGAGUUAUUGUCGAUCGGCUCUUUCAUUUGCCAAGUUUUUCUUCGCAAUCCUGCCGACGAAGUAAUCUAACGAAGUUAGCCAAUGUGUCAUGUAUGCGGAUAAGACAUUCUUUGUGUUGAUUAGUGACAAACAGAAAACGGAGUCCGAAAGAGAAAAGUUGAUGUGGGGAGUUUAGUGGACGGGGAUUGGCGUUUUGUGGGUAAACUUUUGUUGGGUUGGUGAAUUUAGUCGGAUUGGGGGAUUGUUCUUUUGUCUUUUGUUUUGUUUUCUAGGGUUUGGAGUUUGGACUUGAAGUUCUAUUGUUUUUUUUUCCCGUCUUCCUUUAAUCUCUUUUUAUUUAUGGGAUCGAAAAAGUCAGCUAUAUAGAAUAAGCAGAAAGGACUGGGGAGGAGGAGGGGAAGCUUGGGCGAUUGCAAUUUGCAGGAUGCAAUUUCCUUCCCCUCCUUUUUUAUUCCAUCUCUCAGUUGCUUUCUUGAGCUGGGUUUUGUGGUCACCCUCACGGCCAGGCUUGCAAUGGCACAUGGUGGUUCCACUGUCAGCUAACGAAACGUCAAUCUCAUUCCUGCAUUUUGUUCCAGCACCAAGGUUGUCAACCCGCGGGUCGACCCACUUUGAUCCUGACCCGGUGAGAAAAACAGGCCGCACGCACCCACCAUGUCGACCGCUACAAGGUACCGGGUUGGAAGUCAAAUUGUGUCAUUUUUUUCUUUGUUUUGCGAAAUGCGCCUAUUUUUCGAUUUUUCUUUUCGCCUAACUUAAUCCUUGAAAUCCUAAGUUGAACAUUUGAAUAUUAAUGUUAUAUAAGUGUGUGAAUUUUUACUAUGUGUUGAAUCUAAAUACGACAUGUUGUUUUGGUGUAAUAUUAUAUGUUAUAACUCAUAUGUUAGAUGUGAUUUGAUAUAAUUUAUCAGAAUAAGUACAAUAUAAUGACGCUUUCCAUAUUUUCGGGCUAAACCGGACUAAAACGGUUGACCCAUUAGCCCUUAACCCUAUAGCUCAACCGGGUCCGGGUCAACCGCGGGUUGACAACCUUGUCCAGCACAAAACCAGGCUUUGGCAUUUCAUGUUCUUCCCCUGGUUUAUCAAAUUGCACUUGCAUAUGCCUAUAUGUUAUUAGUUGUUUGAUCGGAAUAUUGGUGUUAUCUAACAAAUUAUCAUCACGUCCGAUCCAAUGAUUAAAAAUAUAUAAGAAGAUGAUUCAAUAACAUCAGCACAUGCUCAUCGCUCCAGUUAGCAUAUAGUCAAAUUUGAUCUCACCAUUUCAGUUUGAAGGAAAAGGUGGGGAGGACACCCAAGAGUAAAUCCGUGCGAGCUUGGCCCAAAGCGGACAAUAUCGUAUUAAUUGAGCAGGCCCGAUUAUGACAAGUGGUAUCAGAGCCUGGUUCGGUGCGGGGCGGUGGACGUCAGUUUGGUGGACCCUCAUUCGGUGGCUUCGGGAUUUGCGAUCUGCGUCUGGUUUGGUGGAUUCACGAGAGAUCCAUGUUUGGGCUCAUGAUUUGGCGGAUCAAAGAGAGUUCCGCGUCUGGAAAAAUCCUUGUAACGAGAGGCCCAUCGAUACAAGGUGUAUGGCGGAUCAAGAUAAUCGCUGAGGUGAUGACACGAUGUUCGUGGUCCUUGGCUUGAGGGGAGGAUUGUUAUGGGACAAUCCAAGUACCACAUCGGAAAUACAUGGGAAGGAUCCCUUGUAUAUUAGUGUCCACCAAUCUCAUUAGUACGAGGCCUUUUGGGGAGGACACCCAAGAGUAAAUCCGUGCGGGCUUG